CGGUAGGGGGCGGGGCGUGGUCGGCCCAGUAGGGAGCGUGUAGAUCGGGCAGCAACUCUGAACUGUUCUCCAGCUGCGUCCGUACCGUGUCACAAAAGCGUUUUUUUUUUUUUUUUUUUUUUUCCUCCCCCUCCCUUUUUUCUGCUUAUAUUUCUGUUAUUCUCGCUUUGUUGUCGAGGAGCGCGGUCACCUGUGUCUUAGUGCGAGUCCUGUAGGCCGCACGGUGACGCGGGAUGGGUUUGAAAGCGGCCACCGCCUUGGUUCUCUGCUUUUUGUCGGUCAUCAGCGCUGCACCCCACAAUGGCAGCAUUGUGCGGACUUUUGCGGGGUUCUUUCUGGAGGUGCCAGAUGAACCCAUCGACUACCUGGAUGUACAGGAAGGCAGUGCGUCCGGGUUUGGCUCCGAUCAGCCGAAACACGACAAACCCAAAGUGGUGGUGAAGCACGGCUACCACGUCCCCAAAGCGGCCUUGCAGUUCCUCACAGGUUCUAUGAUGACCAUCUUCAUCCCCACUGUGUACACCCUCGUAUUCAUCAUCAGCGUCCCCCUCAAUCUGUUUGCCGUGGUCAUGUUUGUGCGCAGGAUACACCCGAAGAAGCCGGCAGUGAUUUUCAUGCUUAACCUGGCACUGGCCGACCUUCUGUUUGUGCUGCUGCUUCCAUUUAAGAUUUCGUACCACUUCCACGGGAACAACUGGACAUAUGGGCCGGGCAUGUGCCGCUUCAUUACCGCAGCCUUUUACUGUAACAUGUACUGCUCCAUCUUGCUCAUGAUGUGCAUCAGCAUGGACCGCUUCCUGGCAGUGGUGCACCCCAUCGACUCCUUGUCCUGGCGCAGCCCCCAGAACGCACUGGUGGUGUGCACCACCAUGUGGCUGCUGGCUGUGGGCGGCGUGGUGCCCAUCCUAAUGUCAGAGCAGACCGUAUACCUACCUGAGUUGGGCAUCACCACCUGCCAUGACAUUCUGGACAUCCGCCACCUGCGAGGCUACUACGUCUACUUCUUCCCCAUCUUCUGCUCUGUGUUCUUCUUUAUACCCCUGGCCUUCAGCGUCAUCUGCUACGUGCGUGUCAUCCAGGCCCUCAGCAGCACCGACACAGCACGCAUCCCCAAGAGGAACCGCGCUAUACUGAUGGCAGCCGCUGUCCUGGCGGUCUUCCUAGUCUGCUUCACGCCCACCAACGUCAGCCUCCUGGCGCACUACACGCAGGUGGCCCAGGGUAGUCACAGCUCAUACGGCGCCUACCUUCUGUCCACGUGCAUCGGCAGCAUCAGCUGCUGCUUGGACCCCUUCAUUUACUACUUUGGAUCAUCACAGUGCCGGAAGCAGGCAGCAGGGCUCCUUCACUCAUUGACCUCGCGGAGGUCAGACGAAGAGCCAGUGGCCAGCAGUACGCACUCCAGUAAGAUGGAGGUCUUCCAGGGCAGCCGGGGGAGCCGGUACAAGAAGCUGGUGGUCUAGGGGACUGCUGCGCACUUGCAUUUGUUGCCACACUUUGAUAUUGAAGAGCUGAGCUAAUGGCCCUUUUUUCCCCCCCCCCCACUGCAUUAAUGCCUGGACCUCAUAGCUCUCAGUUCUUGUGUUAGUGUCCGCUCAUGGACUAUAUUAACUGGAAACUUCUGUUGAAUUUCAUCUGUAUUAAAUGGAGUUAGUCUAUAGAUUGUCACAAGUAUAACGCUAUAACUUUAUGCUGCUUUUUCAUUGUUUACCUUAAACAAAAGACAAAUCUCAUGUUAUGACAAGGCUUUUCUUUAGUUUUUUUUUCUCCUGUACAAUUUUAUACAGUUGCCAUUAUAUGUUGACAAAUAUUUGGUUUUGGUUGAUUCCUACCAAUUAAUUUACUUGCCAGUAUUAAUUUGUGCAUUUUGAGGCACGGUUUGCCUAAAGUGCACAUUUGUAGAUUUUCGACUGAAGUUGGCCAUUUAAGCUAAUACUGUGGGUUCAACUCUUGGUUAUGUACAGUACUAAAUUAUGGUAUAAUCUGCAGAGAUGGCAAGAACAGUGGUUUACCAUACCAUAAUAAUGGCGAUUCAGGAAUAUUUCAGUCUCAGUACCGUUUUUUGUCAGAUUUUUUAAAUUGUAUAUCUAUUUUUGUAUCAGUAUUUUGUAUUAUUCCUGCUGUAGUAUCAAAGUAUGUGUUCCAAGUAUGGCUAUUCACAAUACAGUAUUACUCUUUGUUUAUGGGUUGUUGUAUUCCUACAUGUACAAGAAGUGGAGAUUGCUGUGUGUAUCACACCAUCUCACAUUUGUUUUUGGUAAGAAACUUGACCCUAAAUUUCCCCCCCCCCCCCUUCCUCUCCCAUUUUUGUGAGCAUAUGGAGGGGGGUGUGA